AUGAAGCCCGUGCACGUGGUGCAGGCGCGCGUGCAGAGCGACAUGCCCGUGUGGAACGAGGAGCUGCAGCGCUUCGUGUCGUCGUACUACGACGACGCCAACGACGCGUACGUGGGACUCAUGGACACGGUGAACACGGCCUCGGUGGAGGGCGCGCUCAUGUACGUGCAGGCCGAGGGCAUCAAGCGCAAGAACGACAUGACGUACAUCGUGUUCUACGAGAUGGCCAUCGCGCAGACGAACGAGACGCUCGCGCUGUACCAGGACGUGGCCAGCCAGAACGAGUACGGCACCAUGCUGGCCAUGGACUCGGGCCGCUGCACGCCCAGCUCCACCACGAGCUCGGGCGGUGAGGGCUUCCCGACGGCCUGCUACUACUUCAACGGCGACGAGGGUGAGCCCGAGGUCGGCCCCUUCAUCGGCGGCACGACCAAGGAGACGGACCCGCGCGCGCCCUACCCGAACAACGUCUGGUACUCGUUCCCCAACACGUGCCCCCUGCAGGAGUGGAGCGCCAAGACGAGCGAGUGCCGCGCCAGCACCCGCCAGGGUUUGUGCGACGUCGGCGUCAUGCCCGACGGCGUGAGCUGCACCUACGCCUACCGCGUGCUGGGCUUCAUCCUCAUCGAUGACCUCGUGGGCAUCACGUCCAUGGUGAGCAACACGACGGGCGAGACGUACGCCAACUUCUCGGAGUUCUGCCAGGACGGCGGCGUCGAGUUCGAGGCCACGACCGACGGCGAGUGGAUCGACGGCAUCUCGUUCUGGGAGAACCCGCAGGACGAGGAGGCCAACUCGGAGCGCGCCACGAAGCUCGUGGAGGCCUACUACAACCUGACGAACGGCCUCAUCGAGACGUCGGGCCUCGACUCGGACAUCAUCGCGCACAUGCUGCCGCUGCCCACGCCCGCCGAGCUGGCGGCCGAGAACCCGGCCUGCUACUACAACGUCAAGAAGUGCAACUCGGACUACGGCUGCAAGCGCGAGCUCUACGGCUCCACGUGCACGGUCUGCAACUCGACCUCGGACGAGUGCGAGACCCCGCCCAGCGACUGGACGUUCCCCACGCUCGAGAAGGCCGUGGGCGAGAACGGCGGCACGGGCGACGCGUCGGCCGACAGUUCGUCCACCAAGGACUCGACCUCGUCGGGCAAGGACGGCGACUCGAGCUCGAGCGGCGCGGCCAUGAACGGCGUGUCGGCUGUGCUCAUGUCGACGCUGCUGGCCCUGGCCACGGCCCUCUUCUUCUAG